AUGGUCACAAUCCUGGCGCGGGCAGGGAGCCAGGGAGGGGGGCGGGUCUGGCCACGCCCUCCGCUCCAGCCACGCCCCUCGUUUAGCAAGCCAGGCCACGCCCCGCAGUGCCGCGGGCUUCUCCCAGCAGUGCCCUCUCCCCCGCAGUUGCGGCUGGACAAGGACCGGUUCUCAGUGCUGCUGGACGUGCAGCACUUCGCGCCCGAGGAGCUGAGCGUCAAGGUGGUCGGCGACUACGUGGAGGUGCACGCCAAGCAUGAGGAGCGCCCGGAUGAGCAUGGCUACGUCUCGCGGGAGUUCCACCGCCGCUACCUGCUGCCCACGGGCGUGGAUGGCGCGACCGUGACCUCGGCGCUGACCCCUGAUGGUAUCUUGACCAUCACGGCACCCAUGCAUCCCCCGGGCCCCACCCCUGAGGGGCGCAACGUGCCCAUUGCCCGACCUGAUGCCCCCAAGUGAGGGCCUGACUGCCCCCAAGGGGGGUAGGUAAUAAAGAGCCUUGGCCUGGAAA